AUGGACCAACUAGCCACCCACAAUAAGAUGCUUGAAAACCAAAUUGCUCAGCAGGCAAGUUCUUCAAGCAAGGCUACUGAAGCACUUUCUCAGAUGCCAUCCUAUGCUAAGUUCCUUAAAGAAAUUCUUUCAAAGAAGAGAAUGUUGGAAGACUAUGAGACUGUUGCUCUUACAGAGGAAUGCAGUGCCAUAUUGCAAAAUAAGCUGCCACCAAAGCUCAAGGAUCUAGGAAGCUUCUCCAUACCAUAUCUUAUUGGAAACAUGAAUAUAGACAAGGCACUCUAUGAUCUAUGUGCAAGGGAGCUCAAACCCACAACAAUUUCAUUGCAAUUGGCUGAUCGAUCUGUCAAGUACCCGAUUGGCAUCCUAGAAAACAUCCCCAUCAAGGUAGGAAAAUUCUUCAUUCAUGUUGAUUUUGUUGUCCUGGAAAUAGAAGAGGAUGUCCAAAUUCCUAUUAUUCUAGGAAGACCUUUCUUGGUAACCGCCGGAGCUAUCAUAGAUGUUAAAAUGGGCGGUUAA